AUGAAGAUACUUAGAGGAGCAUGGCUCUGUUUCUUGGUGUUUCUCACUCCUUCUGCUGCUCAAACUGACCGGGCGCGUACAUACUCUUCGUGGAGACGAGGGGGAAAUGACGAAGCCAUCGAGGUCGAGCAGAUAUCGACCCUAAUAAUCAACUCAGUCACAGACCUAAUGCAGAAGCGGUCUCCGGCAGCCACUGCAGACCCCGGUCUGGAUAUCGACCUUGUGAAAGAUAUUGGCGCCACUGGGGGCCCGGACGUGGAUCUGGCAAUGGACUUCACUAUUGGCGAUGUCGCAUCCGCAGUACAUACGACACCAUCGCUUCAGCGGAGGUGGGGACGAGGUUGGCGUGGAGGUGCUUCUGCGGAGCGACCCGCUGCCUCGGAUGCAGGAUACACUGGCGGUGGAGGGUAUUGGGGUUACCAUAGUUCUGCCUUUGGGUCAGGUGUGACAGCAGGGGUGAACUCUGCUCAAGGGAUUCCUGCUACGGUGAUUUCUACAGGAUAUCAGAGCGCCCCUAGUGGCGCGACCGAAGGAGCAAGAACAAAAGAGAACUCACCUCCAUCGAUCACACCUUCAGCAAGUCUGCCUCCAGCAAGUCCGCCUCUAGCAAGCUCACCUCCAGCAAGCUCACCUCGAUCAAAUCCACCCCUUCAAUCUAUUUCAACGUAUAACUCCGCAGGAAAUAAGGACGACGGAGGAAUUACGGUUACCGUCACCAGCACAUUAGCUCCGACUCAAACCAAGACAAUGACUAUUUCAUCAGUGUCAGGAUCGCGGCAAGCUUCUAAGAGAUGGACGGAUCCAAAGUGA